CCUCCUUCAACUAGCGCUUUGCGGCCGGUGCUCCUCCCCUCCUCGAUCCAGUUCCUCACCACACCAACAGCGCAACCCACCGUGCCUCCCCUCCUCUAAUCUUCCAAUUCCAACCAUCCUUUUCUCCCCUCCUCAGCUCCGAACAGCAGGCAUGGACAACCAGCAGCUCUUUGGUUCCUCCUACGUGGACGCGCCUUUCUUCGCGGCCAAUGGCACGGCGCAGCGGGAGAGCCAGCCGAAGGCUCGGCGCAGGCGGCGGAAGGCCGCGAGAUGCGGCGGAGGGGAUGGUAACGGCGGGGAGAUGGACGGAGGAGGGGACCCCAAGAAGCGGCGGCUCACCGAUGAGCAGGCAGAGAUGCUGGAGCUGAGCUUCCGGGAGGAACGCAAGCUGGAGACUGGCCGGAAGGUGUAUCUGGCCGCCGAGCUCGGGCUCGACCCCAAGCAGGUCGCCGUGUGGUUCCAGAACCGCCGGGCGCGCCACAAGAGCAAGACGCUCGAGCAGGAGUUCACCAGGCUCAAGCACGCUCACGACGCAGACAUCCUCCACAAAUGCCACCUCCAGAACGAGGUGCUGAGGCUGAAGGAGAGGCUGAGAGCGACUGAGGAGGAGGUGCAGCGCCUCAGGUCGGCAGCUGGGAGCCACGGGGCAUCCGGCGAUGGCGGAGACGCCGCUGGCGCCGUUAGCGUGUGCGGCGGGAGCCCAGGCUCGUCCUUCUCGACGGGAACCUGGCAGCAGCAUCUGGGUUUCAGCGGGGCAAACGAGCUGGGGCCGGACGAUGACCUGAUGAUGUGCGUACCCGACUGUUUUUUCGCAUGAAUUAGCUAGAGUUUAUGGUGGCUACGCCGAUAGCAGCGUGUUCGAGUGUUUUUUAGCAUGAAAUAAAAUCUCCUACAAAAUAGGCGCGUUAAUUGCGCUAUAGCUGCUCGGGAGCCUCGCCGCUAUGCUAUGGCUGCCGCCGCCAAAUCCUCCACAAAUACCUCCAAAGGGCUGCAGAAUCAGGAAAUACCUCUAGAAAUCAUCUGUCCCGCCGGAUAAGUUGUUGCUAUUUGCUGUGAUUGCCUGCUUUGCGGCCGGUAUAGCUGCUGAGAGAGGCUGCCACUAAAUCGUUUCUCCCGCAAUUUUAAUCUUUGGUUUUUAGCCUGUAUAUAUGGGGUGAUUUGAAAUUGACACGAGCUGGACAUCAACUACAUGCUGAUCGAUUACUAUUCUAGUUAGCCAUAGUUUUAAUUAAUAAGUUGGGACGACGAUCUCUAAGCGUGCGUAUUGUUUAAUUAUCUAUCAACAGUGUUGAUUAAUGGCAAAAGCUUGCAAGCUAGCAAGUGUA